UGGAAGUUUGGCAGAUUUGUAAGUGACAAAAUAUGGUUUCAGUGAAAGAUGACGAUUCAGAAGUGGAUGUGUACAAUCUGGAAGAGGCAAUUAAGUUGACAGGUCAUGGCCGCUACAACUACCAGCUGUUGAUCGCCUGCAGCAUCUUGAGCCAUGCUGUGGCGCUGGAUAUGUUUGGUUUCAACGUUGUGUUAGCGGCUGCCACCUGCGACCUGAAACUGGGCAUCGCUCAGUCUGGUGCUUUAGCUUCAGCUCCUUUCGCAGGAGUGAUAUUUGCCUUUCCCUGGGGUUACUACGCUGACACCAAGGGUAGAAGACGAGCUCUCCUGCUCUCCAGUUCAGUUGGUUUCAUCAUGGCUGGUCUGAGUAGUUUUGCUGCCAGCUGGCAGGUUAUGCUGGCUUUGAAAAUAAUUGGAUGCGCUUUGUGAGUAUAGCUCUUUAAAACAUGCUAUUAAGGAAGUCUGGAUAGACUUUAUUAAUUUAUCUACAAGCUAUGGUAAAACUAGCAGAAUGGUAC